CCUCCUUGCUACCUCAUUGAAACAGGUAGGGUCGGGUCAGGUAUGCGGGAAGUUGAUCUGUAUUCACUAUACCCUAUUCCCUAUACUCCGUGCUCGGUACCGGGCAGCAUUCGUACAGUAGCUUAUCGGUCGAAUCGGGGCGAUAAGAUAAACUGAAACCCCACCAUACAUUUUUCGAUAGGUCGCCAUCACCGCCUUCCAAUCUGCCUUUGCAUCAAACAAUAUAUCGCUGCAAACAACGAAACUAGGAAGCUGCCCCAGAAAGGAUUGGAAGUGUGACGAGGUUAUCAACUCCAGGAUACUCACAGCAUCACGACCGUUCAAAAUGGGCGUUAGCAACAAGCGUACGCUGACCAAGACACGCCGUCAUACACGAGACCUCGAUCAGAUCAAAGCCGAUCUCCUCUCACCCAAGCACCUGUCGCAAUACAAAGAUGCGAAAUCAAGGGAAGAUCUGCCUGGUCUCGGCAAGUGGUACUGCACCGAAUGCGCCAAGUGGUUCGAGAGCGAGACAAGUCUUCUGGGACACGUCAAGGGCAAGCCUCACAAGAGAAGAGUCAAGCAGUUGAAGGAAGAGCCCUACACACAGAAAGAAGCCGAGGCUGCCAUCGGCUUGAGAACCGACAAUGUUGGCUCUAACCAGCCGACUACCUCGGCCGUGGACGAAGUCAUCAUGACAACUUGAAAGAAUGCCUCGUCGCCUCGUCAUCACUUUCGGAGCUAGUCCAAUCAUCAUUAUCUAUGGCGUUACCGCCCGCUUCUGGUGUGGUUGCAGGCGGCUGUCCACACCA